GGGAACAGAGGGCGGAACUGCCGACGACUGUGUCAGCUUGUGCGAAUACUGUCCGUCUCCCAUUGAGGAAUACUGAGCGUUACGUGGAGCUUUUUCUCGGGCUUUCGGCUUUACUUUUACAUGACAUCAGAUUCGUCCGGAAACGUGAUUUUCUUCUAAUACACCAGGUCACUUCCUUCAUGGUGAGGGAUCAACUAGACUUGGACUCCAGUGCAAUACCAUUUGUGGUGCUACCAUGAGGAAGACAACAUAGUCUCCCAUCACCUGUCCUUUGGCCCAUUCCAUGUGUGACAACAGUGACCCUCAGCAUUACCUCUAUUCAACCCUGGAGGGGCGGGAACGGUCCCGUGAAAGGGUCGGCCUUCAGAUUGAGAAAGGAGAGAUCUCUGCCUGCUCUUCCAUCAGCCAACUUCACCGCAUGGCCACCAGUUACAGUGAGGGUUGUGGUAGGAGGGAUGAGGGUGAUCUGGAACCAGAGUUGGGCUUGGCUUCAGAGGGGAGUGACACCAGCCACGAUCACCCCGCGUCACCGGGUUCUCCCCACGAUGAAAGGAAGCGGACUCGCUUACACGAAGAUGUAGAGAUGGCCGGCUCAAGCGGGAGUGGGACCGAAUCCCAUGGCAACGAAUCGCAUGGAAAUGAGUCUCACGGCAAUGAAUCUGUGGGCAGUUCAAAUGGAAAUGGGAAAGAUUCCGCUCUCCUCGAGUCAUCAGGAAGCAACAAGAGCUCAAAUUCUCACAGCCCCUCUCCACCAAGUAGCUCAAAUGCCUUCAGUCUGGUGAGCUCCGAGCAGGACAACCCAUCUACUAGUGGUUGCAGUAGCGAACAGUCGGCUAAAGCGAAGACACAGAAGGAGCUCUUUAAGACACUUAAGGAGCUGAAGUUGCAUUUGCCCCUGGAGAAGAGGAGCAAGGGCAAAUCUACCACUGUCAACACACUCAAAUAUGCUCUACGGUGUGUCAAGCAGGUGAAAGCCAAUGAAGAGUAUUACCAGAUGCUAAUGAUCAACGAUAGCCAACCACCGGGUUUUGAAGUGCCAUCUUACACCAUUGAAGAAAUCAAUAGCAUCACUUCGGAAUACACCCUCAGAAACACUGAUAUAUUUGCUGUGGCCGUCUCACUAAUCACAGGGAAAAUAGUUUACAUCUCAGAUCAGGCAGCGUCCAUCUUAAACUGCAAGCGUGAAGUAUUCCACAAUGCCAAGUUUGUGGAAUUCUUGACACCUCAGGACGUCAGCGUGUUCUACAGCUUCACGACGCCAUACCGCUUGCCCUCAUGGAGCAUGUGCACCGGAGCAGAGUCAUCUCCCACGGAGUGCAUGCAGGAGAAAUCCUUCUUUUGCCGCAUCAGUGGUGGAAAGGAGCACUAUGGUGAUAUGCAGUACUACCCGUUCCGCAUGACUCCUUAUCUAAUGAAAGUCCAAGAUGCAGAACUCUCUGAGGAGCAAUUCUGCUGCCUCCUGCUGGCAGAGAGGGUACACUCUGGAUAUGAAGCACCCAGAAUCCCUCCUGAUAAACGCAUCUUCACCACCACACACACGCCUAACUGUGUUUUUCAGGAUGUCGAUGAAAGGGCUGUUCCACUGUUGGGUUACCUCCCCCAGGACUUGAUUGGGACACCUGUGCUGCUCAAUCUGCACCCGAGCGAUAGGCCCAUCAUGUUGGCUGUGCAUCGCAAGAUUUUGAAGUAUGCCGGUCAGCCAUUUGAUCAUUCAUCGAUACGCUUCUGUGCAAGAAAUGGGGAAUAUAUCACAAUCGACACCAGUUGGUCCAGCUUUGUAAACCCUUGGAGCCGCAAAGUUUCCUUUGUCAUUGGCAGGCACAAAGUCCGCAUGGGUCCUGUGAACGAAGAUGUUUUUGCAGCACUGGCUUUUAAUGAAGGGAAGAUGAUGGACUCAGACAUCCAAGAAAUUAGUGAGCAGAUCCACAGGCUACUCCUUCAACCGGUGCACAAUAUGGGAUCCAGUGGUUAUGGUAGUCAUGGCAGCAAUGGUUCCCAUGAACAGCAAAUGAGCAAUGGCUCAUCCAGCGAAAGCAAUGGAAAUGUGAUGGUGGGGAUCACAACUGAGGAAACAAGCAAGGCCAAGCCCACCAGGACAUUCCAGGAGAUUUGUAAGGGAGUUCACAUGCUGAAGAACCAGGACUCACAGGUGUGCCUGCGCUCCCCCCCUCCAUCACCUGCUCCAUUCCCAUCCAAACCCGAAAAGAAAAACCAUGACGUGGUUUCACAGAAGAGUCCAGUGGUGCGUCUGAAGGACUCAGCACCAAGAGAUAGCAUUGCAGCCAACAUGGAUGAAUUUACUUUCAAAGACCAGACUGUCUGCUCCUAUCAGCAGAUUAGCUGUCUUGACAGCGUCAUCCGUUAUCUGGAGAGUUGUAACAUCCCCAUCACUGUAAAGAGGAAAUACCAGUUUUCGUCAAACACCACCUCCUCCAACUCAGAUGAUGACAAAAAAUGUUCAGAGGAUACCGUCCAACCACCUGGUGGUUCAAACACAGAUUCUUUGAUGCUUGAGAGCCAGCCUGGAUUGUCAAACAUGAAAGCGCUGAAGAAGUCCGAGGCAGCAGUGGUUGGAGCACCAAUGGGAGCCCUUCCCUUACCCAGCAAGGCAGAGAGUGUUGUGUCAAUCACAUCUCAGUGUAGCUAUAGCAGCACCAUUGUGCAUGUCGGAGACAAGAAGCCUCAACCUGAGUCUGAAAUAAUUGAGGAUGUGGCAGAGAGCCUGGCCCCCCCUGCGCCGCCCGUUAGUGUGGUAUCGCCGGUUAGCCAGGAGAAAGAGGCCUAUAAGCGGCUGGGACUGACCAAGCAGGUGCUGGCAGCCCACACGCAGAAAGAGGAACAGGCAUUCCUCACCCGUUGCCGAGAACUCUGUAAAGCCAGGACCUUCCAGAAGGACUAUUCCACACAUCUGCACAGACAGAAGGGGCCAAUCAACCCUGAAGAACCAUCGGGAUUACGAGGUGCUGCCAAACAGGACAUCACAAGGCCAGAGACCACUGCCAAAAAGGGGAACCGUAAUAGAAAGUCUAAGAAGCCACGCAUGAAGCAUCCUGAUUCGUCAGACAGCGCUGUGUCCAACCGCAAGCCCCGUCCCCCACUUCAGGGCCUCAACCAGACGUCAUGGUCCCCAUCAGAAGCGUCCUUGUCGGCUUUCAAUGUAUCCUACCCAGCCAUGGUGCCUGCCUACCAGCUGUACCCACCAGCCCCUGCUGCUCCAGCACAGGUGCCCCGUCCUGACCCUUCCCUUUCCACAGGCUUUGUCGAGGGCCAGAGCACCCAAGUUCCUGCCAAUGCAAGUCCUUUUCCAGCGCCCAUUGUUACACCUAUGGUGGCUUUUGUGCUGCCAAACUACCUCUUCCCUCAAAUGGGACCGUUGGGCCAAAUAGCGCCUGCUCCCAGACCAACCUUUUUUCCGGAGCAGACCCAGACGCAACCUCAAUUUAGUGCCCAGCAGCCCUUUCAGCCUCCGCAGUCAGCUUACACCCUGCAAACGCAACCUCCCUUCACCAGCCAGCAGAUUUUCCCUGUGCCGACUGCCUUUCCAUCUCAGCAGCCUUUCCAGUCUCGUCCGACGACCUACAGUGCCCAGCAGCCCUUCACUGCUCAGCCUACGUUUUCAGUCCAGACUCCAUUUGUGGCUCAAGCUCCAUUCACAACUCAGCCCUUCACUUACAGCCCAAAUACCCAACCCCCUAAAGCCUCGGGUUUGGAGCCAAGAGAGGGGGCGGCUUCUCGCUCCUCUACCCCAGCAUCUGGCCCACGUGAGCGCACCACAUCACCUACUCUGUUUGAAUCACGGUGCAGCUCGCCCCUGCAGCUCAAUCUGCUCAGCAUGGAAGAGGGUCAGCGCUCUGUGGAGCGGCAGGACUGUACAGCCACCUUUGCUGGACCUCAGGGCACAAACGCAACACCGUGUUCUGCUACAGCAGGACUUUCUGGGGAAAAGAAUGCAACAGUCUCAGCCAAAGCUGAAAAUCUACAACAGGUGGAGUCUCCAGAAGAUGGCCCACACAGUGACGGUCACUCUUCAUCCUGUGACCUACUUGAUAUAUUGCUCCAGGAACAGGAAGACUCUCACUCUGGCACCGGUUCGGCAACAUCUGGUUCCAUGGGCUCAGGUUCAGGAUCAGGCUGCAAUGGCUGCGGUAUGUCAGCAAGUGGCGCCUCGGGCAGUAGAACAGGCAGCAGCAACACAAGCAAAUACUUUGGCAGUAUUGAUUCUCUGGAACAUGACCCGAAAACUAAAACCAAAGCCAAAUCUAGAGGCGAAGGAGACUCUGAUGUUGGCCAAUCGCGGGCCAAGGUGUCAGCCAAAGGCGAGGGAGAGCAUUUCAUUAAGUAUGUUCUCCAGGAGCCCCUUUGGCUGCUGAUGGCCAAUGCCGACGACAAGGUCAUGAUGACAUAUCAAAUGCCAUGCAGGGACAUUCAGAAGAUUUUGAGGGAAGACAAGGAACGAUUAAGACAGAUGCAAAAGAAUCAGCCCCAUUUCUCGUCAGACCAGCGCCGAGAGCUGCUGGAAGAACACCCAUGGAUGAGAAGAGGGGGUCUACCAUCUGCUAUCAAUGUGAAGGAAUGUCUGUACUGCAAGGAAGCCGCAGAGGACCACAUCGAGGAGAACCUCCCUGAAAUGGACUUGGGGGACAUGAGUGAGGAGCUGAGCCAAGAAUGCGAGAAUGCUCAAAGCCAGUCAGAGGAGCCAAAUCCCGAAUUGGACUCUGGCUCGUGAACAUUUCAACCAUCAGCAGGAGGGAUACACUUGACCAGCCUGGACCCCUCCCAUACACACACCCACAUUGUAAAUAUGAAACAAAACAACCAUGUGCCUAACUGUCCUCAAAAAGACUCAUAAACACAGAUGAACUGAAUCUGUGAUUGUUGUGUGGAUGCUGCUAGUGUUUGUCGACUGUGAGAUUGAGAUACAAAGUCAUCACACAAAGGUCUGUACUUGCAGAGCUUUUAUAUUGUACAGCUGUCGCAACACAAUCUCAGAUAUGAAAUUUUAACUUUUAUUGAAUUUGCCCCCAACCCCAAACCUUUUUCUGAGAGAUGACAUGAGCUGUCAAAAAUGUGUAGCUGGUUACUUCUUCACAAUAUGUUAAAAUUUUGUAAAGCGACAUGAUUGUCACGAGCACAUUGCAUUUCCUUGGUUUUCCUGUCCACGUACUGAAUUUGUUUUCCACUAGGAACGUUUUUGGUGGGAUGACAAGAUGUUGUAUGCUUGUAUGAUCACUUUUUACUGUUUUUCUUACUCUAGCACUUAUAUAGUGGCAAACGUGUAACCCUCGGCUCAUCAGCAAACAUAAUUGGCAGGAGAAGUCUAGUCUGACUUUAACCUGCCUCAACAGUGACAAUCUGAUGCAAAGCACAAGAUGUGCAUUUAACUCAUCUUAUUUAUUUUGUAGUUGAUUUAAACUAUACCAGGGUUUCUUAAGCUAGAUCCAAAUUACUUAAUAAUUAAUAAAAAGUAUAUUAACUGUUGACACUGUAUAUUACAUGUCAAAGUCUCCUGCAGGAGGUGAAAGGUCACUUUAAUCGGAUCUAAACUGGAGUAUCAAGCCUGCACACUACAACAAAUGGGCAAUUGUUUUUUUGUUGAAAUUUUUUUGAAUUUUUUUCCCCCCAAAGAACAUGAAAUCUAUAGGAUUUGCACUUUAAAAAAUAAAGUACAUAAUUGCCAUUGCCUCAAUGGUUUCCAGCACUAUUGCAUUGAUUCAGUCUGUGAAUAAUCUGUGAAUCCAGAGUAAUGUAGCUAAUUAGGGGACCAUAGGAAAUAAAUCAUUGAUAAAAUUGCUCUGUUGAACAACCCCCAUCAUUUUACUUCAGGAAGCAGCUCCAUGGUCAAUUUCAGAGGGUGGGGAGGCCGCUUCGUCCACUGGGACCAGCUCAGGUGCUUUUACAAACUCUGCUCGGGUGUGGCUUCUGAAUGUAACACAGACUGGGCCAAGGGCAUCUCACUGAUUUUUUUUUUUUCUUUUAAAGUUGUUAUUUUUAUCUAUUUUUUACUCUGUUGUCUCUAGUCCUGUUUUGUGCAUUUUAUUGUGUUUGAAGAAAAGCUUUUACAUGUACAUAGUUGUUGCUGUAGAUGGCGAUUGUACGGUGUCAUGUUACUGUGACCAGUGAGGAAAUGCCCAUUAAUGUGCAUUUGGACAAUAUGUGAUGAUUCUGUUGCGCGAUGGUCUUGUUGGAAUGCCUGAGCUUUGAAAGUUUCAACUUUGGGCUCCAUGUCUCAGUGCAUGGAGAAGACGGCAACAUGGAGCAAGUCCAUUUGCUCUGACUGUACAGUAUGUCUGUCCUAUGUUGAGGACACCCAAACGCACUUAUGUGUAUAAGGCAUUGAGAAAGCAAAUGUGCUGAAAGCACGACACGGAAAAGAUUUAUGCCUUACUGUUUUUCACAAAGAGAAAAGUCAAUAUUUAAUUAAUUCCACUCUGGUGAGUGUUUUUGAUGAAUGAGAAGAAGCUGUAAAUGCAUAAACGGUACUGGCACAUGAGGUUCUUUCUGACAUUAGUUUUGUUGCCACUGUAUGAGUUUGGUUAUAUGCAACUAAAGUGCAGUUUUGUGCAUUAUUGUAUGUAGGAAUUUGUGUUUGAAAUUG